GUUACUGACGUUUUGAGCGUCUGAAAAUAAGGACAAUGUCACAGGUUUCUAAACAUUGUUGACAUAAAAAUGUGAAUUAAUAACACGACAACCUUUGAACUGAUGUUAGCGUGGGAAAGAAUAUAAAUACAAGAACAAGUUUGGACACUAUCACAAAGAAUUCGGCGAUCUUUUACCACAGCAUCUGGAUGAGUCUUGACAUCUACUCUCAGGUCAUAGCUAUAGGUCUACGCAUCAUUAGAAUUUUACUUCGACGCAGAGGACUUAAUGUUUAUAUUUAUCCCCAAGAUCUAAGUUGGAAAUCUACACCAAGUACAGAGAUCUAGAUUGUGUUCUAUGUUUCAUUAUAGUUUGAUAUCAGCGCAGAGAACUUCAGCUUGAUAAUUUAUCCCCAAGAUCUAAGUUUGAAAACUCCGCUCAAGAUUUCAGAUUCUCAUUGCCAAGUAGCCCUACGUUGUUAGCUGUGGAAGACAUGGAAUCAAUAUAUUCACAUCUACGCAAAGAGCAUCAUAAGGUUCCUUGCAGUCAGGAGACUCACAUAGAUCUUUGCAUUGAAGAUUACAAUAAACCCGGAAAUGCCAGAAAAUUUGAGGAGAACGCAAGGGUUAUGUUGUACCGAGCGCCAAUGUAUUGCGCCAAGUUGCUUGCUGAAAUUUUGUCUGACACACUUAAGAAUGUCAAGAUUUUGGAUGUUGCUUCAGGACCAGGUCAAGUUGGCAGUGAACUUUAUAAAGUAGGCUUCAGGAACGUGCACGCGCUAGACGGGUCAUGGGCCAUGCUGGAGGCGUGCCGUCAGAAAAAAGUGUACUCGGACUAUCUUUGUUGUAUCAUUGAAGAGUACGGAGCCGUUCCAGUGGAUGAUGGAUUCUAUGACGCAGUCGUGACAUCAGGAGCAGUGCUAGAGCAUCAUCUGCCAGCAUCAUCCCAGUCAGAGUUCGCCAGGAUAACUAGGCCAGGAGGAUAUUGCGUCAUCUCGUACAGCUCUGACGUCACGGUGACCGAGUACGGCAAAGCGUGGCAGGCAGAGUCCAAGAGGCUAGAGGAGGCUGACAUCUGGAAAGUUCACUGUAAGGUUGUCAUCCCAGAUUAUUACAAAAAUCUGUCUGGGUUUGUGGACAUUUUCAAAGUCUUGUGAACUGAUGAGGGCUAGUUGAGACAGACUGAGAGAGAGAAGACUUGGAGAGAUGAACAAGACAGACGGACCAAGAGAUUAUUUGUAAGAGGAAACUCAAUACACGUUAGUAAGAUAGGUGGAUAGAAUGAAAUGGAUGUGAAAUAGAGAGAGAGAGAGAGAGAGAGAGAGAGAGAGAGAGAGAGACAAGGUGGGUGAGGUUGUAUGAAAAUGAACGGUUGAUAAAAUGAGUGAGAAAGAACAUAAGAAAAUAAAAAAAAAAAAACAUGACGAAAUUUUGAGAGGAGAAAGAAUGUGAGAAGUAGAGAGAGAAACAAAGAAAAAGAUAGAAUCAAAUGAUGAAAGAGAAGAGAUGAACAGAAAGAGAGAGAGAGAGCUUGGGACCAGAAGAAAAAAAAAGAUAAAGAAAUGUUUGUAUAUUUGUGAGUAAAUAGGGAACAAAGAAAAUAAAAACGGAGACCCAAAAUAAAAAAAAUUAAUGAAAAAGAAAGUUAUUGAGAGAGAAAGGGAAGAAAUAGAAAGAGAGUGAGAAAGAGAAGAAAUAAAAAGAGAGUGAGAAAGAGAAGAAAUAAAAAGAGAGUGAGAAAGAGAAGAAAUAAAAAGAGAGUGAGAAAGAGAAGAAAUAAAAAGAGAGUGAGAAAGAGAAGAAAUGGAAAGAGAGUGAGAAAGAGAAGAAAUAAAAAGAGAGUGAGAAAGAGAAGAAAUGGAAAGAGAGUGAGAAAGAGAAGAAAUAAAAAGAGAGUGAGAAAGAGAAGAAAUAGAAAGAGAGUGAGAAAGAGAAGAAAUAGAAAGAGAGUGAGAAAGAGAAGAAAUAGAAAGAGAGUGAGAAAGAGAAGAAAUAGAAAGAGAGUGAGAAAUAAAAGAAAUAAAAAGAGAGUGAGAAAGAGAAGAAAGAGAAAGAGAGUGAGAAAGAGAAGAAAUAGAAAGAGAGUGAGAAAGAGAAGAAAUAGAAAGAGAGUGAGAAAGAGAAGAAAUAAAAAGAGAGUGAGAAAGAGAAGAAAUAAAAAGAGAGUGAGAAAGAGAAGAAAUGGAAAGAGAGUGAGAAAGAGAAGAAAUAAAAAGAGAGUGAGAAAGAGAAGAAAUAGAAAGAGAGUGAGAAAGAGAAGAAAUAGAAAGAGAGUGAGAAAGAGAAGAAAUAAAAAGAGAGUGAGAAAGAGAAGAAAUAGAAAGAGAGUGAGAAAGAGAAGAAAUAGAAAGAGAGUGAGAAAUAGAAGAAAUAGAAAGAGAGUGAGAAAUAGAAGAAAGAGAAAGAGAGUGAGAAAGAGAAGAAAUAGAAAGAGAGUGAGAAAUAGAAGAAAUAGAAAGAGAGUGAGAAAGAGAAGAGAUAGAAAGAGAGUGAGAAAGGAUAAAACAAAGUUUCGUUGUUAAUGACGCUUGUAAAUAUGUUACAAAACUAUUUCACACUUGUUUUACUUUGAAUCACUGUCAAAACUUGACAAUGUAAAUAACUGUCCAAUGCAAUGUGUAUUGAUCAUAAUUAUAACUUUUUGGUUGAUACAUAGAUUUCUCCUACCUACAGAAUUGUAUUCCUUGUUUCACAUUCACUGUGCUCUAAGUUUACAUUACAUCUUCAAUCACUAGUCCGUGCCUAUUAGUUUUGUAGUUAUGAACUUAAACUUUAGACUUUCAUAAAGUCAGAAUGGUUUUAGUAAAACUUGUAUAUUGCUUCACCAAUUGUACAGUGUCCAAAGCAAGGGUUAUGGAUAGUAUUAUUUCUUUGAGAACUGUAUCUGGCUAAUCGUUCUGACGAUAUUUCUUAUGUUUUAUAUGAAAAGAAUAAUACAAGUAUUUGCUUUAGUUUGUUAAUUAAAAAGUCUCUCUCUUUUCUCGAAAGCUUCGGUUGACUCUCACUCACCCUCUGUCUCCAAACUCUCCUUCUAUUCUAAUAUAAUUCAGCCACUGACUUAGUUUCUUACUCUCUCUCUCUCUCUCUCUCUCUCUCUAACGCCACCCAUUCUCUCUCUCUCUUCUACACACCAUUCCUCUCUCUAUCUCUCACUCUGUCAUAUGCUUCAGUUACUUUCUGUCUGUUGGCUCACAUUUUAAAUGUAUUAAAACCAACACAUUUGUUCAAUGUUUACUUUGCUUCUAAUAAUCUAAUUAGAAUUCGUGUCCUUACAUUACAACCUAUAGCUUUUCUUUUAGUUUACAAUAAGCAAAAAUCUUUGUAGUUUAUUUGUCAACUCACUCUCAAACUUUUUGUAAUAUAUGUACAUACAUUAAAUACAAUGAUUCUAUUCCGAAA